GGAAUCGGGACCAAACUUGAUUCGUUAGAUAUGGACAAGAAACUUAUCUUCUACCUGUCAGUAGUUUUGCUGUUGGGGCAGACGUAUGCCUCAAACGAGAAGUUCUGUUACACGAGAGUCACUAAAUACGCAGCGGAGCGGUACUGUUCGAGUUAUUCUUGGUGGAAGUUAUGGUGCUGGAGUCACGCUUACAGAACCGCCUGUGAUGGCUACAGCAUGAAGAAAAUGUGCUGUCCUGGCUACCAAGGGAGUGACUGUGCCACUCCUAUAUGCCAUCCACCUUGCCAACAAGGCUAUAGGUGUACCUCACCGGGUACUUGCGAACCCUGUCUCUGACCUUACAAACCACCGGUCCAAGACUGGUAACCUCAUACAUGUAGUCCAAUUCAACAGCAGACAAAAUUAAAUCUAAAUUAACUGAGAAAUUUGAUUUGUAAUGAAAUAUGCUGCUAGAUAUUGUAACGAACCCAUCUAUUAACAAAAAAGAAGACAUUCAUACAUACCAUUGUAUUUAGUUUGAUUGUUGUGCACUGAAAUUUAAGAAUAUUUUAACUUUCACUAAAAUAAAAAA